AUGUUAAUAGAGUUGAUAUUGUGCUGUGAUAUAAUUGAGACCAAAAAUUUUCAACUUGUAACUUUUUCAUUGGAAAGAGUUGGAGGUGGCGAAGAAGGAGCAUGUCAAUUUGGGGCAAAGUUAGAAGGAUGUGAGCAAAUGCUUGGCAGAUUGAGAGAACAAGAAGAAUGA